GGGUUUCACCAUGUUGGCCAGGCUCAUCUUGAACUCCUGACCUCAGGUGAUCCACCCUCCUUGGCCUCCCAAAGGCCAGCCCAUGCCUGGGAUUACAGGUGUGAGCCACCAUGGCCGGCCAACAGGCACAAUUUGGGAAGGCUCCAGAGAAAGCAGUUCCAGGGAAGAUCCACCUUCCACGUUUAAGGGGCACCAUAUCUUGUAUUGGACACAUGUACAACUGUCCUUCAAAUAGUAGACUCUGAGUUCCAACAUUAGGGCAAUUUUUUUACUCCUAUGAAGGAUUGGCUUUGGGGCUUGCCUGUCAUUAUGGAGAUAUGAUUAAAAUUCUGAAACAUUGGCAUAGUUGUUUUGUUCUGUUUUUCUCUGUCUCUAUUUGAGUGGUGUGUGUGUGUGUGUGUGUGUGUGUGAGAGAGAGAGAGAGAGAGAGAGAGAGAGAGAGAGAGAGAGAGAGAUAGGGUUACCUAAAGGGUGAUGAUACCAUAAAGAGAAAUUGGUUACAGAGUGCUUUGUAGAAUGAAUAUUAACAUUAAAGCAAAAUACUUGAGUCUUUCCAGUUGCACCUGCAUUUCACUUCUUGCCAAUCUUUAAAUUUAACAGAUGGAAUUUUACUGUGUCAAGAAGCAUUGAAUGCUGAGCGGGAGCUAUGUCAUCCAGAUACAGAUCUCUGCAGAUUUGAUGCUACAGAUGAAGAGUUGAGAUUGUGUCAGGCCUGUGGGUUUGAAUUUGACAUGUGUGAGUGGACGUCAGAAGCAUCUGCUGGCCAAAUUUCCUGGAUGCGCACAAAAGCGAGAGAGAUCCCUGCAUUCGAAUCCACACCUCAGCAGGAUCAAGGAGGUGAUGAUGAAGGUUAUUAUGUAUGGGUAGGCGCUAAGCAUGCUUUCACUCUUAACCAUUUAGACAGCAGGGCUUACCUAAAUAGCUCUGUGUGUCAUUGCCUGGGCAAGAGCUGUCAUCUUCAAUUCUAUUAUGCAAUGGAAAGCAGUGUCCUGAGAGUAAGACUGUAUAAUAAUAAGGAAGAAGAAAUAUUUUGGACAUACAACAUAUCAACUCACAGCCAAUGGGUGAAAGCAGAUGUGUUAAUACCAGAAGAUCUGAAGACAUUUAAGAUUAUUUUUGAAGGGACUCUUUAGAGCCAGAG